UCCAAGCCGCACGAAAAGUAUAGAGCCAUAUAGGUGACGGUGUUGCCUAAAAAUAACUCUUCCAAUCAGAAGAUUCAGAAGUAUUGCUAGAUAAAAAAAAAUGUGCAGGGCCCCUUUUGUCUAUGGAAUGAGCUCGAUUGUGCACCGCACAAGGCAUCGAUAAAAAAUGUAUAGGGUCCCUUUUGUCAAGUCAAUAAAGUCUGACUAUUAUCUUGGAUUGUUGUUGUUGCUUCUCGAAUGCACCCCCAUAAGUCAUCGAUAUUUCGAUCACCUUUUUAUGGUUUGCUCCAUUCACUUCGUCGGCAGACAUUGAUACAAACUAGGGAGGUCCUCGCUCUGAUAUCACUUGAAGCGGUGUUGUAGCGGAAGAGAGACUAAAAAUCAUUUUAGUAGAUGAAUGUGUUAGAGAUCGUUCUAACAGAUGGCUCUUGAAUCCAUAAGAAAGAAAUAACCACCUUAGAGCAUCCGCAAUGGUAAUAAUCAAAAUCAAUAAUCAAAAUGUGACAUGUCAACGUUUGAUUAUCCAUUUAGUCCAUAAUCAAACUUAACAACCUCUACCUCUACAUUGGUUAUUUUUGGAUUCCAAACCAAAAAAACCCCCACAAUAUACAAUGCACAUUUGUUCAAUUGCAAACGAGUUCCAAUCACGCACCCGACUAUACCAAAUUAUUAUUCUCAAUGAGAUGAUUCCAAUGUGAGGGUGUAUUUGAGUUUGAUUAUUGGUAAAAGUUGUUUAGUUUGGUUAUAAAAUGCGUGAAAUUUAGUUAUUUGCUAAAAGACUUGUAACUUUGUUUACUACAAUGUGAGGAGUUUUUUUAGCAUUGUUCUUAAAUUUGCUUAUCUACACCCAUUUGCUUAUUACAAUGGGGAUGCUCUUACGCACAAGGAAAAUAAAUGGAAUUUUGCAUUUAUAUUGCUCCCUUAUUUAUACUAGUAGUAGGCCUAGCUAAUAAGGUAAUGCUUGGUUACGAAGAAUAUAAUUUGGAGUAAGGACCAAGCAAAACAAAAUAAAAAAAUAAAAAAACUCUAAAAAACAAAAUAAGAAACUAGAAUCGUGCUAAACUGGCUACACUAAAUAAAAUCUUCUACUAAUAUUAUUCCCUAAUAAAAGUUGCCAAAACAAGUGGCAUAAAUUUAAAAAGAAAAUUCUAGAAUCUAAUAGUCCCCAUAACUUAAAUAUGUUGGUCAAUACUUCUUCUUUGGUUUGAUCCUAUUAAAAUCUUUCCAGAAAAUUCCUGAAGAUACGUUCUACAUCAUAAAUUAAUGGACACAUACCAAACCAUUCACUAGCUCGAUUCUAGAAUCGAAACGCCAAGUGUUGUCUAAUUAUCGAAACACAAACUUUGAUUAUUGUAAUUAGGUGUAAUGAUUUUAUACUCCGCAAAUUUAUUAAAUUUUUAGAGUGUUUGUGUUCAAAAAGAAAAGAGAAGUAGAAUAUUCGCAAGUGGUGUUUACCAUCGAUAUCUAUUUACAAGGGUUUGUCAGUGCCUAAAGGCACGGUGCAACGCGAGAUCUAAUUAAUGACAAUUGUGCAAUUAAUAUUGUUUGAGAGGGAGAGUCGUAUGAUUUAUGGAGCAAAUCAAUGGUUAUGAUUUAUAGAGAGAUAAAAUUCAAAAAUAUUUCUCCCUUAUUAUUUAGAUAAAAAAAUGUUAAUAGUUAAGUUUGAUUUCAUAUACUAUUAAUGUCCAAAAACGAUUGUCCAGUCCGCAAAAUAAUAAGUUAAAAGAUAUGCUUUUAUCUAGAAAAUUUCAAACUUUUCCACAAGUUACUAGUAAUAAAUGGUGGGCUGACAUUGUUGUUAAAUGUGUAUUAUGUGACUUCGAAUUUAAAAAGGUACAAUCAAGGGGAGUAAUUUGAGACAAGGAUCAAAUUCUGGGUUUUCUUUGUAAUCGUCGCCACAUAUACCCAAUACUGCCCAGAUCGACCAGGCUCCCUCUCUCUCUCUCUCUCUCUCUCUCUCUCUCUCGCGCGCCCCAAAUCGACCAGUAACUAGAACCCUAUUUUGUCAUUCUCUCGGUCGUACGCCUUGCGGUUCUUUUGGUAGCUCGCUAUAGCACUCUUGAUGUCGCGAACACGCAAUACCGUUGUGGCCGCAGGCUUAGUAGCUUUUGCAUCUGCCGGCUUAGCUUUUCCCUUCUACAUGGCGUCAUCAAAGAUGAAUCCUGUGAUUGACUCAUCAAAGCCGCUACCACCUCAGGCAACUUUUCGUGGCCCUUACAUCAAUACUGGUUCCCGUGAUGUUGGACCUGAUCAUCAAACGUACCCGAAGAAAUAGGUAUUUUGUGACAGAUAGUGUCUGUUUGAUGUUUGUGAUCCAAAGAGAUAGUUACAUCGACCUAGUCACCAUGUAGACAUGCAAUCUAGAAGUCUGAUUUUGGUUAGCAUUGCUCGAUGAAGAGCUAUGAAGAAAAUCUUGUGUAUUUACUAGCAGUUUCUUCGAUUAAUGGAAAAUUCAAUUGUUCCUUCA